CUUCCGUCGCUUUCGGUUAAAAGUCGAGUUUUCACACGCGCGAGCGGAUCCACGGUGAUCCGCGUUUCACACGUAGGCCGAUCGGAUCGAUUGGACCAUGAAUUCGUGGUGGUGUAGUGGGAUAUUAUGCUAAUUGGCUUUGCGCUCAGGAUGCGGGAGGAAGAGCUCGAGAUAUCACUCAAGGUGGUGAUAGUAGGCAACGGCGCCGUGGGGAAGUCGUCGAUGAUCCAAAGGUUCUGCAAAGGCACAUACACGAGGGAUUACAAGAAGACCAUCGGCGUUGACUUCCUGGAGCGUGAGAUCGAAGUCGACGGCGAGGAUGUGAGACUGAUGCUGUGGGACACCGCGGGGCAGGAGGAGUUUGACGCGAUUACGGCGGCUUAUUAUCGCGGCGCUCACGCCUGUGUCCUCGCUUACUCGGCCACCGACAGGGAUUCCUUCGACGCGAUUCCGUCGUGGAAGCUUAAGGUGGAGAACGAGUGCGGAGAGAUCCCCACGGUCCUGGUGCAAAAUAAGAUCGACCUCGUCGACCAAUGCGUGAUUGAUCCGGACGAGGCCGAGAGACUCGGCCGCGCCUUGGGCUGCAAACUCCUGCGAACGUCUGUGAAAGAAGACAUCGGCGUGAUGAGCGUCUUCCGACAUUUGGCGUCACGAUGUCUGCACGAGAUGCGCCGCUCCGACGACGAUUAUCAGGACGACCUGCGACUGUACUCCGCGGAGCCCAGGUCUCCUGCAGUCAUCAGUGCAUUUAAUCCGGACGGCUCGAUGUGCGGCCGCAACGCCGGUAACGGCACGAUAAUUCUGCGACCGGGCGGCAAGACGAAGAGCCACAAGAAGCGGAAUUUCGUGAAGAACGCUUGCAGACUUUUGUAGCGAUUUCUUUCGUGUAACGUUACACACGACGCGCGUGCACACACAUACAUUCAUAC